UAAAUACUCUUAUAAAUCUUCCUCUUCUCUAUACUCAUCUCACUAUCUCAGAAACCAAACAAACAUCUCUCAUUCUCUCACUACUUGCUCUUAGUUUUUCAAGUAUGGGUAAAGAUAUAGAACCAAGUCAUGAACAAGGAGGAGGAUAUGCAGCAAAAGAUUACCAUGAUCCACCACCAGCACCAUUUUUUGACAUGGAUGAACUUACGAAAUGGUCAUUUUACAGAGCUUUGAUAGCUGAGUUCAUUGCUACUCUUUUGUUUCUUUACAUUACUGUUUUGACUGUUAUUGGUUACAAGAGCCAAAUUGCUGGUGGUGAUGACUGUGGUGGUGUUGGUAUUCUUGGUAUUGCUUGGGCUUUUGGUGGUAUGAUCUUCGUUCUUGUUUACUGCACUGCUGGUAUCUCUGGAGGACACAUCAACCCAGCAGUAACAUUUGGGUUGUUCUUGGCAAGAAAAGUGUCACUAAUUAGGGCAGUACUCUACAUGGUAGCUCAGUGUUUAGGUGCAAUCUGUGGGGUCGGCCUAGUUAAAGCCUUCCAAAAAUCUUACUACGUUCAAUUCGGUGGUGGAGCCAACGAAUUAAACGAUGGAUACAGCACAGGAACAGGAUUAGCUGCUGAAAUCAUCGGUACAUUCGUUCUUGUCUACACCGUCUUCUCAGCCACUGACCCAAAGAGAAGCGCCAGAGAUUCUCAUAUCCCGGUUUUGGCACCUCUACCCAUUGGAUUUGCUGUGUUCAUGGUGCAUCUUGCAACUAUCCCCAUUACUGGAACUGGUAUUAACCCAGCUAGAAGUUUCGGAGCUGCUGUGAUUUACAACAAAAACAAAGCUUGGGAUGAUCAGUGGAUAUUCUGGGUGGGACCAUUCAUUGGAGCUGCCAUUGCUGCAUUUUACCAUCAGUUCAUUCUCAGGGCUGCAGCUGUUAAGGCUCUUGGGUCCUUCAGAAGCAAUGCCCACAACUAAAUUUCCCUUUCUGGCAGUGUUUUGUGAGAGAGAUGAAAAUUAAUGAAGGCAGGAGAGUGAGAAAGGCUUGAAGAGUGGAACUAUAGAUAUGAAUCAUUUGGAAAUGAGGAAGAAAAGGAAGGGCUUUAUUGAUUAAUUCUCUCUUCACUCCUUUGUGUUUUCAUUUCAAUUAGUUAUCUCUCUUUUGGUAAUUUAAUGUAUGUAUCUAUUUAUGUUGGUGUUGUGAUCUUUCAUUUUCCUACUUUAUUAAUGAAUUAUGAGUUCCAUCUAAUUUCAGAAAAUGAAAAGAGAUCUAUCUUUAUUGUCUA